UAUGUGUAUUAACUAACCUCCACCAAUUUUAGCUCACAAUUCGAAUGCAAGUAAUUAUAAACUCUAUCCCUCUCUCUUUUCAACCAUUCCUCAGCCUAAAAUUUUCACUAUAAUUUUUAUAAUCAUGCAAUCAACAAAAAAGAAUAUACAUAUUGUGCAUAUGACAUGAUGAGUAGUGCGAUAGAAUACCUUUAAAAUGUAAUUAAGAUAAGAAUCCUCCAAAAUCCAAUAAGAGGCUUUAAAAGAAUAAUACCACUGUCCAGUAGCAUUAGUCCCUCAAAAUCAUGUUCAAUACGAUUCCAUUUGUCUCAUUCCAAUUUCAACUAUCCCUCACACUCUUUGUCCAUAACAAGAAUAGGAAAGUAGGAUUUAUUAUUUAGUUAUUAGACUGUUAAUUUCUGUUUGGCACUACCGUUAUUUCAGUUGGUAGUUAUAACAACUUUCUGUUGUUAUCUGCUACUGGUUUUUACGCCGCUUUCUUGUAUCUCUGUUCAUUAAUCAAUAAAAUCUUUCCUUUUGCUUUCUUUCAUUUCCGCAACAUGGUAUCAGAGCAAGGAAGUUAUGCUUCCUUUCGGUCUUGAUUACCUCUGUUCCUCCUUCUCGCCGUGUCAAUUUUCUUCUUCUCCGGCGACGGUCUGUGUCUGCAUUGAAGAAUUCAUCUCUUCAUCGACACAUGUUUCCUUUCGACAUUUCUCUUCUCUGUGAAUGUUUUGAUCUCUCCCUUUUCGUCUUUCUUUUCCUAUCAUGGCUACAAAUGAUCAAGAAAUAGGGUCAAUCGAUGGAGAUUCAUCUCAAAUAAACAAUGGUGGUUAUCAAGAUCAAGCUACAGACGCUGGUUUUAAUGUUCAGAUGGUCAGAUCAAGAAGCCCGAUCGAGGAUCCCUCCGAUCCAUACUACUUGCAUCACGGAGACAACCCUGGUAAUGUUUUGGUGUCUCAAUUAUUGACUGGACAGGACAACUACAUUGCUUGGUGCAGAGCUAUGGAGCUUGCUAUAUCUGUCAAGAACAAGUUGGAAUUCUUGAAUGGGUCUAUUUCUAAACCCCUAUCACUGAUCACAUUCUUUACAAUGCUUGGAUUCGUAAUAACAACAUUGUUAUUUCUUGGAUUAUUAACUCUGUUUCAAAAGAAAUUUCAUCUAGCAUAUUGUAUGAUGAGUCUGCUGUAGCAAUCUGGAACGAUUUGAGGGUUCGUUAACAGCAAAAUAAUGGAGCACACAUCUACAAUCUAAGGAAGGACUUAAUGAAUCUCAGACUAGAAAACCAAACAGCGAGUAUGUAUUUUACCAAGCUGAAAACUGUUUGGGAACAAUUGUCCAAUUUCAGGCUAAACUGUACUUGCAAUGGGUGUUCUUGUGGAGGAGUCAAGAAAUUGCAAGAAUAUCACAACAUGGAGUACAUCAUGUCCUUUCUCAUGGGACUAUCCGAUCUUUAUGCUCAAGUGCGAGGUAAUAUCCUUGUUAUGGAUACACUCCCUGAAAUUAAUAGAGUUUUUCAUCUAGUUACGCAGGAAGAAAACCAAAGAGGAGGACAAAACAACACCACGGAUCCAAACUCCAAUAUGGCUUUUGCCUUCCAAGGAGAAAAGAAUUCAGGCAAACGUGAAUCACAAGGACCACCCAAGACUCAACAACCAAAACGUGGCAGACCUUUUUGUACUCAUUGUAACAUGCAUGGACACACCAUCGAAAAGCGUUACAAGAUACAUGGAUAUCCACUGGGAUACAACAAAGGAGGGAAAUCAAAGGAUGCUGCUGCAAACCAGUUCCAAACCUCCAAUGAAACCAGUUUGGGUCCCAGUGAAAGCAACACUUUGUUGCCACAACUCACACCAAAUCAAUAUCAGCAGCUCUUGAAUCUUCUUGCUGCACAAACCAUCAAUCUGCCCACUACAAAUCCGAGUACAUCUAAUGGGAACUCAGGAAACGCACACCAAGAUGAUAUUUGGCAAAGGUGUAUCGGCUAAUGGUCUCUACAUAUUGGACACCACACCCGUUCUCAUCAAUGCUUUUACAUCGGCUGAAACUUGGCACAAGCGUUUAGGUCAUUUGUCAAAUAAAUGUUUAGACUUAUUGCAAGAUUCUUUGAAUUGUGAAACUAAAAAUUUGCAUAGCAUUGAACCUUGUUACAUUUGUCCUUUAGCCAAGCAAAGAAAAUUACCUUUUCCUAAUAAUAACAGAUUUACCAAUCAUUGUUUUGAUCUUACUCAUUGUGAUAUUUGGGGGCCUUAUUAUGUUACU